AUGAAUUCAACUGAAAGGAGGGCAGAGAGAAAAAGGAAAUUAACUGAAAAUGAUAGAGAGUUGAAGUACUCAACCUAUGACCCUUUAGAAGCCUAUCAAUAUUUUGCAGAUUAUGAACUUUAUCUAGAAUAUGAGCAAGUAUUAUAUCCAAUAUUCUCUGGUAGAACUGAGAUAAUAGAAGAAAUCUCUAAAUUAGAAAAAAGAGACAAGUACAAUUAAAGAAUGUUAAUGCUACUUGAUUUUUACAUUGAUUACUUGGACUUGUAUGAAGAUAAAUCUCUCGAAGAAAUUUCUUAGGAUCAUUUAGAGCAGAUCAAAGGCCUUGAAAAACUAUUAAGCAAGAAUAAUACAGAAUUGUGUCAUUAAAAUUAUGAUGAUUAGGCCGAAUUCACUGGAUGUUUUUAUACAAAAGCUGAAAUGGAAAAAAUUGAAUAAAAGCUGGCAGAUGAUUAGCGUGAUGUUGAAUAAAAGAAAACUUAGUACAGGUAGAUGAGAGACACUAGGGAAUUUAGGGUUUUAUGA